UUCCAGAAAUAUUACUUAAUAUUAAAUAAUAUUACGCGCUUAUGGGGAACAUAUUCACUCGGCGAUUUUCUCGGAGAAGCGGAGAAUACAUCCCGCACGAAUGAAAACUCUCUCGAGCCCGACUCUUUCGGAGCGAGACUCUACUUUUCGAGCGAUCGAACCUACUUUGAGAAAUCUAAAGAACGCAGAGAUACCCCCGGGUAAACAAAUAUUCAGCCCGAUAGGGGAAGAACGAAAAAGUUAUGAAAAAAAAAAAAAAAAACGACGAACGCCCGCCCGAUGCAUCCAUUGCCGGAGGACUCGUUAUCGGGAGAACGCCGGUGUGUAUCCCUUCAGGUGUGCGACGGGAGAGAGAAGGGGGGAGGGGGCUUAACGAGCGCGGCCGCCGAUAAAGGACGAAGAGCCUAAUCUCCGGCCGGGGGCCAACCCCUAAAGCUCGCCCGUAAAUUACCAGGAUUUUACGGCGUAUCUCGGAGUGACGAUGCGGCGCGAUACGCGCCGUUAGCGGCCCCGGCGUCGUCGUCAGGCGGCCGAGGUUCUUGAACUUUUCCGGGGAUCCGUUUCCAGAACCGACCGAAGGCACACACAACCCGCUCUCAGGUUCGGAUCGCCCAGGUGGGGAUCGGAAUCGUCUGCUGGUACGAGACAUCGCCCGGUCGUCACACCUCGGGCAUCCUCCGUGUCGUCCGGACACGUCCGCUUCGUCCCACGUUCACGUUCCUCAACGUCGUCGUUCUUCCGCUCGUUCGCUCGCAACCGGCCGACUAAUCGUGUCUCCUCGCGCCCGUCUCUCGCCCGCAAGUGGUCGCCGGGUUCACACUCGCAAGACUCGACAAAUCCGCAGAAGAGUUCGUUCGUUGGAAUCGUCUAUUACUUAGACGGCCGGGAAUUAAAUUUCGGAGCGAAGGAGACGGACAGGCACAGCUCGACGAGUCGGCGAAUUAACGUCGGACGGAAGACAGCUCGAGGAGGCUCGAGGAGCCGGGCCGAGAAGCGGAGGAGAGAAGGUAACCCCGCGAGUUCCUCCACGAGGAAGGGUCGAGUGAAGGGAAGAGAGAGAGAGAGAGAGAGAGAGAGCGACUCGACACCACCGACGUGCCGAGUAGCGACUCAUCAAUGUUAUCGAUCAACAUGCGCAUAUUCAAGACCGUGUUGCUGAUCGCGUACCUCGGCGCGAGCGCCCGCUGCCUGCCGGUGGACGGCGGCGAGUCGAGCGAGCCGUCGGCGCCAUCCGCGAGCGAGCCGACGACGGUCGAGCCGGCGGCGUUGCCUGGCGCGCAGUCCGACACCAACUACUACGACCAGCGGCAGAACGGCAGCGAGAACUAUCGCAUCCACGUGGACGGCGUGGUGCUGGUGUUCGCGCCGGUCGAGGCACUGCUGCUGGCCGGUGCGACCGCCGCCGGCGGCACCACCGCCUCCACCUUGCCGAUUAUUCCCCAGCACGUAGGAACCCUCCAGCUGGACGGGUUACCCCAGCCAGGCAAUUUGGGCGAGAAGCCGAACGCCGAGCUCCAAAAUAAAACCGAACCGGCCAGCUCGAAGACGAUAACACACAGACCGCCGUUACGACUGGCGCACCUAUUGGCGCCCUUCCUGCGUCGUACAUCCUUACAUCCCGAGCAUAGCGUGAGCGUGCAUUGAUACGACACUUCGAGUCUCUCGCUUCCAAUAUGCGUAAUGUUUCAUGUACGGGCCUUAUUAAACAAACGGGGUGAGAUAUCUGCAUCUACAGGGAUGGUGGACGAGUAUUCGCAUAAUAUAAACGUAUAUGAUCGACGAUCUCGACUCGGCGUGAAGCCGCGUACACACCUAUAUCGUGUGUUGUCCGGCGCGAAGCGAAGAAGGCACGCGUCGAUUACGAUAAUUCUAAAAUCACACACUAGCGUUUGCCGAUUAUUUUUCCCAACCAGUCGGAGCGAAACCGUGACCGAUUGAGAUUGGUGACCUUCCACUUGGAAAACGCUCUUAUGAAAUCUUAUGAUCGUCAAUCGCAAUCCAAUCGGCAAUCGUUAGUGUGAUAUGGUCUUAACGCUAACGGUCGUUCCAAAUCUCUCUUUCUCUCUCUCGGUGGACUUUGUUUUUCCGCGAUUCGAGGCGAUUUUCGAGAUACCGCGGGAAACCGCGGAAACGACGAAUGUAUUUACACGUCACGUUCGCCAUAAUAACACGAAGGAAGCACGCUGGACGCGAGAUAUUCGAGUGAGAACGCUCGAUUUCGUCGUGAUGUCUCUCUCUGUCUCAAUGUAAUGGCGCGCGCGUCGCGAUACAUAUGUACGACCACAAUAUAAUCCACGCCGCUUGUAAACGGCGCGGAUGUAUCGGUGGAAUGUUUUUCCGCAUCGACGAGUCGUAGGGUAGCUUUCGCAUGUCCGCCUAUGUAACGCCGCUUUAAUUUUACGCAGAGAAUUGCGUAUACGACCUACACAAUUAUAUAC